AGAAGGUGACACACACAGGGUCAGAAUCCAGACAAACAUCAAACUACAUCUGAACGCUUCAUAGACACAGAGAUGCGUUUCUCUGUACUUCUUGUGCUUGGCAUCUGCCUGAUGCCUGCUCACUCCCAAUCAAAAGGAGAAUAUCUCGGCAGUCCUUUCCUUCAGCACUGUUUUAAGGAGGCAAAGAAAAUUGUGGAUGAUGCGUACAAGUACUCCAGAGAGGAGAGCCUGAGGCGCGUCCGCAGGGAGGUGGUGAGCGCUCACGACGCCCUUCGUCUCCUGAAGCAGCCUCGUGGUGACACCCGCUCAGCUGUGAGGUCUGCAGACUACACGGCACAAACCCUACGUCUGCUGCAGGAGAGGGUGCAUCGGGUGCACAAACGCUCGCUCAACGCAACAGAUCUGCUCAGUAAAGAAGACUUGGAGAAGCUUGCCAGCUUAACUGGAUGUGCAGCUCGAGUCAGCCGUCCACAGUGCCACACUGUGCCAAAUGUUAACAAAUAUCGCACAGUCACCAGCCUCUGCAACAACGUAGAAAACCCUCGCCUCGGAGCCUCAAACACCCCCUUCACUCGCUGGCUGCCUUCCGAAUAUGAUGACGACAUCUCCCAACCAAAAGGCUGGAACAAAACCCGAAGAUUCAACAACUUCCUCCUCCCACUGGUGAGACAGGUCUCAAACAACAUCCUAAGCACAACAGACGCAGGGGUGAUCAAUGACAGCAAUUUCACUCUCAUGGUGACCUUUUUCGGCCAGUGGAACGACCACGAUCUCACCUUCACGCCAUUCUCCCCCAGCAUCCGCUCCUUUAGCAACGGCCUGAACUGUGAUGAGAGCUGCGAGCAAACUGAGCCAUGCAUCCCCAUCCCGAUUCCUCCCGGUGACCCCCGCUUGCCCUCCCGCUGCAUCCCUGCUUUCAGAUCCGCUCCUGCUUGCGGAACAGGAUACUCAGCCUACAAUUUUGGCGGAGAUCCCGUUAAGAGAGAGCAGAUCAAUUCCCUGACAGCCUUCCUGGAUCUCAGCCAGGUGUAUGGCUCCGAGGACAAGCUUGCCCUCUUUCUUCGUGAUGUGGAAAGUGAUGGCGGCCUGAUGCGUGUGAAUACAGAGUUCAAAGAUAAUGGACGUGAGCUGCUGCCCUUCCACCCUCUCCAGGUGCAAAUGUGCGCCACUCGCAAAAGAAUCACUAAUGACACAAAUGCCAAGGAGGUGCCCUGUUUUAUUGCAGGUGAUGCCCGUGUGGAUGAGAACAUUGCUCUGACCUCACUGCACACACUGUUUGUGCGUGAACAUAACCGCCUGGCUCGAGCGCUGAAGAGAAUAAACCCACAAUGGGACAGUGAGACACUCUACCAAGAAGCCCGCAAGAUCAUGGGUGCUUACACGCAGUUGUUUGUGUUCAGGGACUAUCUGCCACACAUUGUGGGUGAAGAAGCCAUGCGUAAACAGCUCGGCCGCUACCCUGGCUACGAUGCCAACGUUGACCCCAGCAUCUCCAACGUCUUUGCAACAGCAGCUUACCGCUUCGCCCACUUGACCAUCCAGCCAUUCCUGACCCGUCUGGAUGCAAAUAACAGGGAGCAUCCUGAAUUUCCCACUGUCCCCUUGUUCAAGGCCUUCUUCACCCCCUGGAGAGUCGUCUUUGAGGGUGGCAUUGACCCUCUCCUGCGUGGUUUGAUAAAUCGUCCCGCUAAGCUGAACACUCAGGAUCACAUGUUGGUGGACGCUUUGAGGGAAAGGCUGUUUCAGUUUGUGCAGCACGUGGCUUUGGACCUGGGCUCUCUCAACAUGCAGAGGUCACGUGACCAUGGCUUGCCUGGUUACAACGCCUGGCGCGGGUUCUGUGGCCUGUCCCAGCCCAGAAACCAGGCAGAGCUCGGACAGGUUCUGAACAACACCGAACUGGCCAGAAAACUUCUAGCACUCUAUGGUACACCCAACAACAUCGAUGUCUGGUUGGGAGGCGUGGCAGAACCGUUUGUCAAGGGCGGCCGUGUGGGGCCUCUCUUUGCCUGCCUCAUUGCAACCCAGUUUCAGAGAACUCGCCAGGGGGACAGGCUGUGGUAUGAGAAGCCAGGUGUCUUCACCACGAGACAGGUAGCUGCUCUGUCCGCUGCCAGCUUAGCCAAGAUCAUCUGCGACAACACCGGCAUCACGUUUGUCCCCCUUGACGUCUUCAGCGUCAGCUCAGCUACAAAUCGUUUCGUCCGCUGCAGCAACCUCCGACGCGUGGAUCUGUUGGCCUGGAGGGACAGACCCAAUCAAUGCAAUGGGUUCUUAGGCCCGGGUGGUAUCUGUUACAGAGCCAGUGCACUAGAGGCUGAGAACCAACCAAACCAGUUUGACUACCAAGAACCUGAGAACAAUAAUAUCCCAGAGGACCCCCUGGCCUGAUAGCCCCGCCUGGACCACCAGCAUUCAACGUCAGUGCCACACAGCCACAGUCUGUCAGCCCAUCUUCAGCAAGAAUCGUUUAUGUUCAUCUGGUUAUCCACAACAAACAGAAACACUAUGAGCAUGCAGACGGGCCUGUUUACAAUGGUUCGGCUUUCUCUGUACGUUGACCCGUGGCGUUACAGUAAGCUAGUGCUGUGAGGUUUCAGGUUUAUCAGGGAGGUCAUGGCUUGUUGUCAGGGGUCACGGUGCUCCAGCUGGAGACGGGAGACAAAGUGUGGCUGGAGGUCAGUGACAGGUCUGCUGGCGCCUUCUCAGGACGCCUGCUCUUCACUGUGUGAUGCAAACACAUCUUCUCUAACACACCAGUGAUCUGUCUGCCUCAAUGCUCAGUCUCUUUGCACUGAACUUUGCUUUCCAUUAAUCAGGCCCUAAUAGUUAUCUAUUAUUAGUGCUUUACUUUUUUCUUAUUUGAAUCAAUGGGCCAGGCUACUGCAGUGCACACCACACAGCUGUACACAUUUUACAUUUUACUGAAACUUGAGCACAUUUUCCAGGAAAUGCUGUUACAAUCCUGCUAGAGCAAAAAUUCAACACUAGCCAAUUUUUGCUCAGGCAGGAUUGUAACAGCAUUCCAUGAAAGUGGAAUUCACACAUUUACUAGUAUUAUUAUGAAUAUAUUAUGUACUGAUCCAAGGCUUUUUGAACUGUAACUAUUGUUGUAUUU